AAAGCUUUUCCCACCCAUUCCAUAAAUGGCGUGGAGCAGGUCGUCAACGGGCCUGGAGGAAAGUCAGUGGCAGAACACCUGUGUCACGUCCAUUCUUCGGUCCUCCGGGCUUAGCAGUGUCUGGCCUGGCACAUAAUCAUCACUCCCUAAAUGCUUAUUGAAAGAACGUCCUGGCAGAGCCAACCCCACAAACCCGAGAAACGUUUAAAGGGAACGUGGGUAGGGCAAAUGGACAAACAGUUUACUCUAGCAGCCGGGAGUGAACCUCAGACAAAUUCUUCACAUGUAUCUGGUUUAAAUCUCCCCUAGGCUUCGGUCCAGGCACUGAAUGGCUAGUCUCCAGUUGGCUCCACAUCUGCCUGUGGGCGUUAUGUUCCCACAUAAUAAAACAGAAGCUCCUGGACUUCACUCAGCUAAGCACGACCCUUACGAACAAAGUGACUCUUCCCAGCGGCCCUCAAUGGGACAUUUGAGGACUAGUUUCCAGCCGAAGCUUUGGAGCAACACAGAGAUGGAACAGGAGGACGAGGUCUCCACCCGUCCCAAAAGGAGCGUCCGCACAAAAGCCCGGAGGCACUCCUGUCCCCACAGUGCAGGCAUCAGGCAGCAAGGCUCAGGGAACAAUGCCCAGGGCCAAGGAAAGGGUCUGUUUUACUUGUCUAGCCCUACACCCCGGUAUCCCAAAGCAAAUGACCAGGACUUCAUUCCCUUUAGGAGGAAACGAGUGGGUGUGGAUCGGGCAUACCCAUUGAAACCCAUGGUCCACCGGAAGUCACAUAGUUCAAGUGAUGCAGGCGCAGACGGGGACCAGAAUGGCUACCCGAGCGACCCUGACUCAAGUGAGUUUUCAGACACCAGCUUUGGUUUAAGGACCUGGGUGAAUUCAUCUCUUCUUGCCUCUGUGCAGGCAGAGAAGGUCGUGGCAGAGCUCCAUAGGACCGAGUGGACACAGAUCCAAAGGCUCGAAGCUGCAGGGGAGAGUUUACAGAAGGAAAUCCGCAGGAAGGAGAUUCUCCUACGAGAAAAGCUGAAGAAGACAGAGGAGGGUCUUCGAAGGAUGCAGAAGGAAAAGAAACAGGCCAUUUUCCAGGAAGACAGAGAGCUACAAAGGACGGUACUACCUAGGAGGAGGGUUGGAGGUGGUGACCACGGCACCGCACACAAACCCUGCUUGUCCCCAGAGUUCAUGUCUGAGGUAUUCAGUAGAAACAGGGGAGAGGAUCAAACUUGUGAUCAGGCUCAGGAAAACUCCAGUCCACACCAGCUCUCUGACUAUGAACUCCAGAAGCUCAGAAGGGAAAGAUUGAUGGCCAGUAACAGUAAAAUCCGAGACCAAGACGCAGGACCCACGGCAGACACGUUCUUUCAACCCACAGAGGAGCUGGGCAGUACACUGCAGGAGUCAAGUCAGUCUGGGACACCAGGCUCCUCUGGGUCCGCCUCCUCCACACAAGAGCCAGAGCUGGCCAAGUGCAGCCACUGUGGACGCUCGUUUCUUUCCCUCAGGCUGCAGAGACACUCCACCGUCUGUGGCAAGAUGCAAGGGUCCAAAAGAAAAGUGUUUGACUCCUCCAGGGCCCGGGCGAAGGGCACAGAACUAGAGCAAUACUUGAACUGGAGGGGAGCAGCCACAGCCAAGGCUGAACCUCCUCCUCCUCCUCCUCGGAAGAGCACCUGGAGACAGAAGCAUGAGUCUUUUAUCCGUACCCUCCGGCACGCACGACAGGUCCAGCAGGUAAUCGCCAGAGGUGGCAAUCCCGCAGACUUGCCUUCUAUCCUGCCUGCAGACAACCCAGACUAUGUUCAGUGUCCUCACUGCAGCCGCCACUUUGCUCCCAAGGUGGCUGAACGCCACAUACCUAAGUGUAAGACCAUCAAGAACCGUCCUCCGCCUCCAAGAAGGCACGACAGCUGAGCAGACAACGGCACAAACCAAACCUACUCAGACUGUGCUUCCCUUCAGCAGUAAACCAGACAGUAAGGGAUGGGAAGCAGGGAGAUAAACUUUUCCAGAGCUCAGGAUCUGCCUGUGGGGCAAACCGACCCAUGAAGGGAGCCCCAGCUUCUCACUGAAUCAGAACCUUGGCGGAGUGUUUAUGUUCUUGCCUGAAGAAUUGGUAGAUGAGGACCCUGGGUAGUGACACUGCAUUAAAGCUCUCUUUUCCUGAGCCUGACCAUGGUUUGUACUGGUGAAGUGCCCCUGUCAGCAUCCCCUGGCCAUGGCACAGGUCCAGGGAUUCUGUUAGCCCUUCUCACUCUUGAAAGUUGGGAUAUAAAGAAGAGAGGGUGGGGUCAGCGUGUCACUGUCACACAGAUGGUAACUCUUAUAAAAGGCAGUAUGACUGUGCAGUGAGGCGCUCGUGAUGAAAGUAUGUUCUUGGGCUCCCUGGGCCAUGGUCCUGGCUGAAAGCCAACAAAAGUAUGGAAUGUUCCCUAACCAGUGUACCCUAACCCUUCCCUGUGGUGUACUGUAUAAUGAAAUAGCUUUAUGCACUUCACAGGGUAGGGAUGGGUAGGAAACAACUUUAUUUCUCUGUACUUGUUCUCUUUAAAUGUGUUUCCUAUGUUGAAGGAAGAAGUGGCUGGUACCCUUUCAAAUAUGGCUGUGUGGCUGUGUGCCUCGAGGCAGCAGAGCCUGUCCAAGCAAGCGUGAACAAUGCUCACUGUUUUUCAUGGCCCUGAGAUCAGAACAUGGUCGUGCUUCUAUUUUAAACUCUGAAAGGGAUCAGGCCUUCUUAACCGUGGGAAGAGUGCCUACUUCAAGUUAGGCCUUCAACUAAUGGGUUUGGGGAGCUUAAGGAGGAUAGCUGCUUAAGCUCCUAGGACCACUGGGUCUUUAACCUGACAUGCCCUCUCCCCCAGGCAAGUUCACUGAGGAGUACACAAAGUUCUUUAUUCUGUGUAGCAAAUAAGCCAGGCUGAAGUCACAAGGUCGCAUCCCCACAGAUGUUCAGAGUUUAAAAAGAUUUACGAGUGUUUUGACCACAUGUAUGUAUGUGCACCAUGUGCAUGCCUGGUGCCUACAGAAGUC